AUCUUAUAUUUGUAUGCGUGCAAGUGGAUAUAAUUCUGAAAUAAUUCAGAGAUAAUGGUAGGGAUGCAGUAAUAUAGAUUUUGAGGUAUGGACGUUUUAUAGAGAAUCUGCAAUUUAGAAGACUGGAAGAUGGCGAUAAGUGUGUAGAUUGUAGUUCUUGUUAAUGUUUCUUUGAGAAGCAGUGAAGUUGACACAAAGGUAAUGGAAUAUCCAUGAAUGGAGUGAAAGAGGUGUGGUACUUCAAGUCAAUCUAGUAGUACAGAGACAUGAAAUUUAGUGCAGAAGUUUUUCACUCUCCUUUAUCAUGAGGAAAGCAUAGCUCUUUCGAUAUGUUUCAAUAUUCUUUACUGUUUUCAUCUCGAUAAAAUGCAAUGGAUGGUCGCAGUUUUGAGGAGGGGGAAAUCAAGUCCCUUUCUUUUUCCGAAAGGCGGGUGAACAAACUAUGCCAGUGGCCUUUGGUGUUGUUGUUCGCGUAGAUCUGGGGAUGAAUUAUGGCAUUAUUCAUGCAAGCGGUUAUGGACGUGUACUUAUUUCGCGCAAUUUCGACAAGGAUUUGGUACAAUUAAGCAGUUGGCUUUCAGUUGAAAUUGAACCAAACACUGAACCUAUUUUGACAUAUGGGCGUACCUGCUGUAAUUUUGUUGAUGCCGGGGAACCAAAAGUUAUCGAUGAAUUGUUGCCCACAGGCACCUCAGUUUCUAAGACGGGUGCAGUAAAUUUGCGUAUCCAGACACCAGUCUUCACAGGGAAUAUCACGUUUGGAAGUUGCGUUGGACUCAGCCCACAUUUGGGUCGCAUAUAUUUGAAUAAAACUCUUUGCAAGAAGUUUAAUGCAAGUCCGCUUACUUGGAUACAUUGCGGUGUUAUAUCAGUUGUGCCAUGCGAAGAUAACUUCAAUUCGUUCUGGGAAGCUCGGACUGCUGGACGCGAGGAUUCCGACGACCCAAAGCUCAACCGAUGCAUCAGACGAUGCCUGGGUCGAUUUCAUGCUUUCAAGGAAAAAAACAUUUGUAUUUUACAGUUGUUUGAUAGACACAAUAAAGACAGAAGCUUUGCAUAUGUUCAUUCAUUUGAUUUUGCUCACACUGUUUGUGAAGAAGAUUUGAAAAAAGCUCGAGCCAUUCAGGUUUACGUUGCUCCACAACUUGUGUACUUCCCUGAUUAUCCUGUCCUUGCAUGUUAUGCGCGUGUCGUUGAUGACGGUUCACAAGAUGUACAGGUUGGAGUAACAGAGAAGAAAUUUUCCGUACUCGAUAUUUCUGCUACGAUGGACGAAAGCAAUGAUGUUGCCAGAAGCGAUGAACCGAUGGCUGUUGAGGAUACGGUGAAAAAGAACGAUUUAAUUUGUGAUCAGGAUUGCGAAACGAUUGAUUUCAUCAGUAAGUUGUUGGCGUAUCAGUUAGUGGCUAAAAAUAUCAAAAAGAUCGACCGAGUUCUUUUUAAUGAUUUAUGUGCUUUUAUCGCAAAGUAUACUUGAUUUGUUUGCAUAUUUUAUUAUAUGUUUUAAUCUUCGAUGUACCUUCUUGUAUAAUUCCUGAAUAAUUGUAAUGUUCGUCUUUAUAACGUUAUUAUAAAGAGCAACAGCUUUAUUUGCCAAAGGCUGUUGGAAUGAUGCAACCUUAUGCUCCAGAUUAACGCCACAAAACAAUUGGCAUGUUAUGAUUUGCCCACAGCGGUAAUACUUGAAUUUGAUAUAGUUAAGAUUCUUGUACAUUUUAUGAGUUUUAAUGUAGAUUGUUCACGAAUGUUAUCUCCAUAGGUCAACGUUUUUGAAACUUUACUUGUCAGUAAAAUAUACAAACAGUCUUAAACAAUUUAUAUGUGUUAUUUUGUUUCCGA